ACAUUGCACGGUUUCUCAUGUUCUACUUUUAGAUUUACUGUAAUUUUUAGAUUCAAUGUCGAUUUAGUAAUUGGCCGCGUUAUAAAAGUGUAGGUACCUAGUCGCAAUUUCAUAUUUAUGCUAGUUUCAGUUUUAGUAAUUAAUUUUAAAAUUAAAACAGUGUAGAUCAAAAUGCAGCAAUCACGUCAACGGCGACCUCAUAAAAAACAAGAUCCACAAAUAGAAGAUUUAAGGGAAAAAUUGAACAGAAUGAGAGUGGAACGAUCGAAUUCUGACCAAGGUAAGGAAAUUAAGAAAGCACCUCCACGUGAUCCACCCUACAAUUUUUUAAAAGAUCCCCUCCGCGAUGAUCCAAAACCAAAAAGACCGCAGGCUAAAAACCCGCCGAAACCAAAGCCAAAUCUACAACCAAAGGAUGUUAACACUUCGCCUCGUCCUACUCAAGAAAGGCAUUAUAGAUCUGUUAGGGAAGUACAGGAGUUUUUGAAGAAACCGAUAAACGUUAACGUGGAAGUGUCGACGGAAUCGGGCCAACGAAAAUGUGUCCUAGAUGAAACCAAGGUUGUAGAAAUUUCUUUUACAAAUAAACAGUAUCCAAAAAGACCGCAGUUUCGACGACAACCUGGCGACUUUCACAAAUACCACGGUGAUGACAGUAAAACGACAAAAUCGGAGGGCGACAAACGAAAUUGAAACUAUGGAACAAGAACAAAAUAUAUUUUAUAUUACGAUAACUUA